GUUUAAUGCGCGCGUGAGACAUGAGCUCCGGGGACUGAAAAAUCAGCUCAACGGAUCUAAUCAUCAGACACGGUAUGAUUGUCAAGAUGCUGAAACUGCGGAUGCUCAAUGCUAUUGCACCAGCCUACUUCUACACUGCCACGGCUGUCACCUUUGUUCUUCAUUUCUUCCUUUUCCUUCCCACUAUCUUCCAAACCCAAAAUAUAUUGCUAAGUCCCGUCAUGCUGCUGCACAUUAGUAUUUUACUAUUUUUCAUGCUCAAUGCACUUGGCAAUUACUCAAUGACUAUACAGUUUCCAGCAGAGAGUGCCAAUGAGAACGUUAUUCCGGUCUGUUCUCCAGACUGCCCAGACAGAGUGGAUGCUCACUACCUCCUUAAUGGGCGUCACUUCUGCAAGCUGUGUAAGAAAGUCAUUCUUAAACGGGACCACCACUGUUUCUUCACGGGAAACUGCAUAGGGAACAGGAACAUGCGCUACUUUAUCAUGUUCAGUAUCUACACAUCCUGUACCUGCCUGUACUCGUUAGUGCUUGGGGUGGCCUAUCUCACAGUAGAGUAUGCCAUCUCCUUCGAAAACCCUUUGACCUUUCUCACACUUUUGCCCCUCUCCACAGGUUACUUCUUCCUCGGUACCAUCUCAGGCCUUCAGUUCUUUCUGGUCAUCAUGCUCUAUGUAUGGUUAGGUAUUGGUUUGGUGAGCGCUGGUUUCUGCUGCCAGCAAAUCUUGCUUGUGGCCCGUGGACAAACCUGGUGCCAGCUACAGAAGGGGCAGCUAGUGGAGACCCGGGGAACAUGGCGAUCCAAUCUGAGUGAUGUAUUUGGUUCCCGCUGGGUUCUGGGCCUCUUUCUACCAGUACAGACUGUGGAGACCACUCCAGGAAACUGGCAUAGUUAUCAAGAUCACAAGCAUGACUGACCAUACAGUAUUUGCAUUGUUAUGAAGACUUAAUAUAAAAUCUCCUGUUGCAAGGUGAAGAGAUCAUUCCAUUGUUGUAGUGAUUCAGUGGCAUUUCUUACUUAGAAUGAAUACAUCUACUGAUGUUCUUCAGUGUUAUUCAAAUGAAAUGGUGAUUUUUGUAAAUCAGUUUUUAAAAAGUAGACAUUGGUUUUGAUUAGGAAUGCUCCAUAUGAUAAACUGGAAAUAAUAGGGGAAUUAUACCUAAUCCUACAAGCAACUAUCAUAACCAGCAACUGAAGCAGCACUCAUGUAGGACAAACAGAUAAACUAAAGACUAAACUAAACAGAUGACCCUAUCUACCGCUUUCAUUAUGCCUUUUAAGUACAUAGAAAGCUACCGUAAACUUUGAGUAUUAAAGUAAGCAAAGCAAUUGUUUUAGACUUUUAGAUACAUAUUUGAAUUAAUAUACUAUGUGCACCUCACACACCACUUAGGAGUGUUAACAACAUUAAACAUGCUAUACCUGCCAUUUCACCUGUAACUGUGCCUUUUAUAAAUGACUGGGUGUUGACUGGGUGAAUAGUUGAUAAUGUUGAUAAUGGACACUUAGGAUAGAGGUUUGUUUUAAACACUCUGUUUAUGUUUCUACACGUUUAACAAAUGCGAGUCAUUUGUACUUCCCACAACCUGCUAUAAUCCUCGAUAGAAUUAUGGACUGAAUGCGUUCCAGCCAUCCAUUUACAGCGUAAUUGGAUCAGGACUUUGUGAAAGAUUUAAUUUACAGUCAUUAUGUUUUCAGAAACUGGAGAACUGUUUCUGAACCUUUAUUUUAUUUAUUUAUUGUAAAGCACAUCUUGUCUGCACAGAGAAAUGAACAUGAAUAGUACAGAACUAUAGGCGUGAGGAGUCUGGACCUGC